AUGAUUUCCCGGUUAUUGAUUCUUCUCCCGGUAGCAACGGUAGUGCUGUUCCUGUACGGUGCUAUUAUUAACAUCGGCUACAUCGAAGAGAAUCGUUGCCGAAUGACAUACAUGUUUGAACAUCCACAAUAUACCCGGCUUCCUGUUCAGGGCAACGAACGAUAUCCUAAAUAUGGGCUGUACGCGUAUUCGGAAGGAUCCAUUACGCAGCGAGUUCAGCAGCGGAUUUUUACUGGCGCGCCAGUACUCUUCGUCCCGGGAAGCGGAGGUUCGUACAAACAGGUACGCUCGCUCGCUUCGGUUGCUCUACGAAAAGGAAUCGAUAACAAUUGGCAGGCUCACCUUGACUACUUCAGCGUUGAUUUGAAUGAGGAACUUUCAGGCGUAUACGGAGGAUAUUUGCAGCAGCAGACCGAGUACGUCGAACUGUGCAUACAAGAGAUCCUAAGACUGUAUGGCUCGCGAGGACACGCAACUAGCAUCAUUAUAAUUGGACAUUCGGUAGGAGGAAAGAUCGCCCAAGCAGUCGUAACAAGUGGACGAGGCAGUAUCGGACGGCAUGUGGCUGGAAUUAUAACAAUAUCCGCGCCGGUUGAUAAGCCGGUUGCAUUGAUCGAUCAUUACCAUUACAAUUUUUACGAUCGAAUUGAGCAGUCUUGGCGAGUAAAUCGAUCUAUGGUCGGGCAACUCAAACCAUCCUCCGUUAAACCGCUGGACAGCAUUUUAUUCAUUACGAUCGGAGGAGGUAUCCGAGAUAUUAUCGUCCACGAUGGACUAACAGCCUCUCGAUUCGCGGAUGUCCACGCAAUGACGCACAAUAUACCCAAUGUAUGGCUUUCGGUGGAUCAUCUUUGUGCGAUGUGGUGCUUGCAGUUCGUGCUAGUUUUGAACCGUUUUCUUUACAGCAUGAUCGUUCCACAGGGACGCAAUAGCUAUGGGUUUAUCGAUGGAAAGCAACUCAAACUUGAUAAGGCUACACGUUAUAUCUCCCUGCCAUUUGCUGAUACCGAUGAUGAUGAUGAUAAUGAUGGGCACAACUGGAAGUACCGGGUUGAGCAGUUACCGUUGAUUGUGCAUCAUCCUGAACAGGAAGAUUGGAUAGAGGAUAUACGGCGCUCCUUUACCGUGCGAAGUCGUACCGGGUUAGAACGCACAAGAGUGCAGAUGAUUCGUAUUGUUCCGGAUAAACCCUCGCAUAGGUUCCUUCGUGUUGAGAUUAUAAAUUCAGAACAAUCGAAUUGGAUAUCCGGCUGUGCAGCAGUGGAAAUAUACGGCAAUUCUCGCAUUUGUCAAAAGGCACAAUCCCUUGUCAACUACACGCUGCCAGUUCCAUCGUCCAAAUUCGACCGCUUUGGAGCAGUGCUCGAUUUACAUGAACUGAAACGACACAACCCCACAUGGACGCAUGUGCUGGUUAAGAUCCCCCGCACCUUUAAACCGGUUCAGUUCAGUGUGGAUAUCUUCAAUCCGGCUGAAAGAGAGAUUAAUAUAGACAUGCCACGAUGGUUCGAUUAUCGGCACCAUCUCAUGCUUCACGAUCAUUCGCCGGAUGACACAUUCUACCGUAUUAAUGUUCGCGGAAUGACGGAAACUUAUCAAACGAUUGCCCUCGAUAUAGCCGCCAGCUCGUGCGAUGGCAUUAGAGGAACUGUCGUGGUGAAAGUGCACGUGCCAUGGGCCCCCGGAUUUGACCGUUACACGUUCCACGAGGACCUCAAUCAAACGACCGUAUACAUUUACCCACCGAUUCAGGAUGUUCCGACGGAAGGAGAGCAAGAAGUGCCAAUACAAGUAGACGUUCACCUUUCGGCGGGCUGCCGAUAUCGUUUGCGUUACGCGCAAUCCUUCCGAGUUAGCAUUGCCCGAAUUGUACAGCAGCAUCUCGUUCUCAUGCCGGCACAUUGCAUUGCACUGUUGCUGCUCGCAUUUGAGAAUCAGCUUACGCAAACGGCCUUCGACGAUCCGGCCUUUUUCGUAGGCAAACUGCGUAGCUCGCUGGCAAAACCGGGACCGCUAAUAGCGCUCGUAGCUACAAGCUCGCUUAUUGCGAGAUUCCUAAGCCUAUUCGAAGCAAUUCCCCGUGUCGAAGCCCUAGAAACCCCGCUAUUGGUUUCGAUCCUUAUCCACCUUGCCUCACAGGGAGUGCUAAUCUUCGCAACGCUCGCCCUGUGGGGUGCGAUUGCUUUUUGUGCCAACUUUGCCCACAAGAUAAUACUUCGAUUGAUUGCGCUCCCGAUUCCGGUAAUGUCGACGACGUUCCUGUCCUGCAUUCAUAAGUUCCCGCUCGCGAUAGCCGUGCUGCUGGUAGCGAUCGCACUGACGGCUUGUGGAGGCGUUAGUUUACUCUGUGCCGCCGCCGUCUAUUUCGUGCUGCUCUCGAAGGCUUACGAGGACUAUCUGGAGAAUUUUGUCUUUCACACGGCGCGGAAAAUUGCCGCCCGGCUCUUUGGUUCGCGGGAACAGGACAACGGCGACAACGGUGGAGUCCAGCGCAGGCAACGACGACGGCCUGCGAACGAAACUGGCGGUGAGCUGAUGGUUAUUAAUUUUCACCUGCCCUUAUUUUUACUGGUGAUUAUUCUUGCCCUACUAAAUGUGCCAAGUGUUAUUACUUGGGCCAAGAACUAUCACUACUCAAACACACUGCAGCCUGACCCGUCGCUGGUGCCGGCGUUGACCGUGCUUGUGUGUUUGGCCGUCCUGUGGCAGAUGAACACCCCACGGAACGUAUACGGGUACGAACUGGUGUCCGCGGUGCUGGUCAUAGUGGCCUUCGUAUCGUUGCUCUAUUGCCAAGUGCAUGUAUAUCGACUUAACUAUUCGAUAGGCUUAGUAUUUCUUGCUAUUACCAUACACCAAAUAAUAGCGCCAAAACGACGUGACGUAAAGGAGGAAGAAACCGAAGAGCAACCUGACGAAACCGACAAGUGACCAUUGAAUAUGUAUUAAAAUACGUGUUAGUUAUUCUAUUAUUGUUUUUCAAUAAAUAGGGAAACCUUCGCUAGUCAGCUGUUUUGCCAA